AUGAUACCACCUGGWCAAGUGCUWCUAACUARCGUGACRCARUMMYAUUACGGUAAUGCCCGUAUGAUAAACUGCAUCGAAAAAUGUGGRGACAUCUCUACAUGUCAYAGUAUAAAUUGGUACAGAGAUCUGGGCUUGUGUCAGCUGAACAACGAGACUCAUCUGUCUUAUCCUGAGGGUUUUGCUCCAAACUCAACUGGAGAUUACAUGAUUUAUGGAGUUCAUCCUAUGACAACAUGCAGCAACAAGAUGUGUGAAGAACCAAGAGUUUGUUUGAUGGAGGAAGGUGGACUUCACUUUAGAUGUAAAGAUAAUUGUACUGCGGUAUUGGGAAUGCAAGAUGGCCGAAUUAGAGAUUCUCAGAUUAGCGCAUCGUCAUCGUGGAACAGCAACCACGGACCUCCAAAAGGUCGCUUGCACUCGAGUGCAGGCAGUGGGAGUUGGGUCGCGGCAUCCUYGAUUCUUCCACAAUAUCUUCAGAUUGACUUCGUGAAGUCACAUAUAUUAAGCUUAGUGGCCACACAAGGAAGAGAAAUCGGUUUUUYUCAGUGGGUAAAGAAGUAUUACCUCAUGUUUGCCAAAGAUGCUYUUGAAUGGGAAGCAUACAAAUAUGGAGGUAGUUUGAAGGAAUUCCAGGGMAACGUGGACGCGUCGUCUGUUGUUAYUCACAAGCUCGCAUUACCAAUUAAAGCGCGGGCUAUUCGAUUYAUGGCUCUAGAGUGGCAUUCUAACAUCGCAAUGAGAGUUGAGGUGUACGGUUGCUUGCCUUGA